GACAUGACCACUUCUUUUAUGUCCUAUGUACCCUGUCUCAAAACAAGUACAUUGGGUGGUGGCGGUGGUGAUGGCAAUGACAGUUGGUGGGGGUGGCGUUCAAUCAAGAUUUGUGGAGCGUCCGCCACCACAAAGGUUGGCCGAAUCACAAUGACAGUCACCCGGGUGGCAGGUGUAAAUGGAAAGGCAUUAGUGGAAAGGACGAUGAUCCCAACUAAAAAGCAAUUUGUUGACCCUUUUCGACAAGGGGUUAUCAUCUUGGAUGGUGUUGGAUAUAGACAGACAGUCGUGAUUCGGUCAUAUGAAGUUGGAACGGAUAAAACAGCAACUCCUCAAAGCAUUUUUAACCUUCUACAGGAAACCGCUUUGAAUCAUGUUUGGAUGUCUGGACUUCUUGGAGAUGGGUUUGGGGCGACUCAUGGUAUGAUGAAGAAUGAUCUCAUAUGGGUGGUUUCAAGAAUGCAAGCUCAAAUUGAUCAGUAUCCAAUCUGGGGUGAGAUACUGGAAAUCGACACAUGGGUUGGAGCGUCAGGGAAAAAUGGAAUGAGACGAGAUUGGGAAAUCAGAAGUCAUACCACUGGCAUUGUUUUCGCCAGAGCAACAAGCACGUGGGUGAUGAUGAACCAGAAAACGCGAAAGCUAUCAAAAAUGCCAGAUGUAGUCAGGGGUGAAAUUUCACCAUGGUUCAUUGAAAAACAAGCCAUCAAAGAAGAAUCCCCUGAAAAAAUAGACAAGUUGGAUGACAAUGCAAAAUACGCUACCUCAGGCCUGCAGCCAAAAAGGAGCGAUUUGGAUAUGAACAAACAUGUAAACAACGUGAAGUACAUUGGUUGGAUGCUUGAGACAAUCCCAGAGGAAUACUUAGAGAACUAUCAUUUAUCAAACAUCAUACUGGAGUAUCGUAGAGAAUGUGGGAGCUCGGACGUGGUUCAAUCUCUUUGUGAACCCGAAGAAGUCGGGAUCAUCAAGGAUGGAGUUCAAGACAAUGAAAAUAGAAAUGUGAUGGAUAGGUGUUCAAAUGGAGUUGAGGGUCUAUUAAAUUGCUUGAUGAAUGAAGGAACCAUUAGGUUUACACACCUUGUGAAAGAGGAGGGAACAUGUCAAGAAAUUAUUAGAGGAAAAACAACAUGGAAGAAAAGGAUCAAUCUCCAUUCAUUUUCUGGCUGACCAAAACUUCCAUUUUUAUUUUUUGAAUGGUUUUUGAUUCAUGGGUUUUUGAUAAAUUGAAUAUAUAUCAUGAAAUAAAGAGUUGUUUGGAUGUGUAGUUUGAA